AUGAAGAAGUUCUACGGCCUCAGGGGCACGCAGCUCAAUAUUGCCAUUGCUGUUAUAGCAGGCACAGAUUUUGCUCUUUUCGGUUAUGACCAAGGUGUUAUGGGCGGUCUGCUCACACUCAAGUCUUUUGUCAGAUACUUUCCCGAGAUUGACAGCGUCAACCCGCCCCCUGGGAGCUCCACGAGCCAUGCUGCGACAAUCCAGGCCAUCACUGUCGGUGCAUACACCCUUGGUUGCUUUUUCGGCGCAGUCGCUACCAUCUGGCUUGGAAACAUGCUUGGACGCAAAAAGACCAUCUUUAUCGGCUCUGCUAUCAUGGUUGUUGGCGCUGUCCUCCAAACUGCAUCUUUUGGACUUGCUCAACUUAUCGUCGGACGAUGGAUUACCGGCUUCGGCAACGGCAUGAAUACCAGUACGGUCCCAACAUGGCAAUCUGAGACUUCCAAGCCUCACCGCAGAGGCCAAAUGGUCAUGAUUGAAGGCUCUCUCAUUGUCUUUGGUGUCAUGUUGAGUUACUGGCUUGAUCUUGGCUUCUCGUUCCUAGAGCCCAGUAGUAUCGCCUGGCGCUUCCCUAUUGCCUUUCAGAUCAUCUUGGCUCUGUUCAUCAUCGCCCUGAUUCCGGGUCUGCCUGAAAGUCCACGUUGGCUAGUGCUCAAGGGCCGAGAGGACGAGGCACUAGAGGUCCUGGCUGCGCUAAGCGACCUUCCUCCAACCGAUAAGAAGAUUGAGGCAGAGUUCCAGGCUGUCAAAGAUGUCAUUACGGAAAUGUCACAAGGUGGUUUCCGCGACUGCUUCAAGCUCAACAGGAACCGCAACUUUCACCGUACUGUGUUGGCCUAUGUCAACCAGAUGUUCCAGCAGAUUUCGGGUAUCAACCUCGUCACAUACUAUGCUGCUACCAUUUUCGAAAACUCGAUUGGCCUUUCUCCUUUCUUGAGUCGUCUCUUGUCUGCCUGCAACGGUACUGAGUACUGGAUCGCAAGUUGGAUUGCCAUCUUCACGAUUGAGAAGUUUGGCCGCCGUUCUUUGAUGAUAUUUGGUGCAGCAGGCAUGUCAAUCUCCAUGGCCAUUCUGGCUGGUGCUACUAGCAACAUUGGCAACAAGAGCUUGGGAUUGCUCGCGACUGUCAUGCUUUUUGUCUUUAAUUCAUUCUUCGCCGUUGGAUGGCUAGGUAUGACAUGGUUGUAUCCUGCUGAGAUUACCCCAUUGUCCAUUCGUGCCCCAGCCAACGCCAUUUCCACCACAGCCAACUGGAUCUUCAACUUCCUAGUCGUCAUGAUAACACCCCCUGCCUUUGCAAACAUUGGUUACCGAACCUACAUCAUCUUCGCCGUCAUCAACGCGGCCAUUGUACCGUCCGUCUACUUCUUCUUCCCAGAAACCGCAUACCGCUCCCUUGAGGAAAUGGAUGAAAUUUUUCACAACACCACAAACGCCUUCAACGUUGUCAAGAUCGCAAACGAGCUUCCACACCGCUACGACAAGCGCGGCGAGCUCCUCAUCAAUUACGCGGACACAGAGCAGGCGCACGAAGCAGAGCGUAGGCGCAGUUCCGUGGUGGGUGUGCAGGCGAAUGGGAGAUCAUUGGAGAAGGAUACGGAGACUAAGGAGCAUGUGGAGAAUGGGGGUGUGCUGCAUGAAUCGAAAUAG